GUUGUGGUGGCUUGUGAGGGUGUCGAAGCCCAUUAGGUUAGAAAGUUUAUUUUAAUGAUUUUAAUUAAUUAAUUAAUUAAUUUAUACAUGCCUAAAACUUUUCUUAAUGGGAGAUGAAAAGAGUGGAAUGGAGCCAAGGCUAGAAAAGAUGAAAGAGGUCGGAGAGGUGGCAGGAGGCGAGAAGUAGAGAGAGAGAGAGAGAGAGAAGAGCACUGAUGCAAGGCCAAGGGUUUCAAGCUAGGAGACAUGGCUCCCCCACCUCGAAAGGAAUGAAGUAAGCACAAGAGGAAUUUGAGAUCCCUAGGGUUUUGGAACUUGUGUGUUUGUCAAAAAGAGUCACCGCCUGGCAAUAUAAGGCUUUUGAGAUGCAGAACCUUAGCAACAAAGGCUCUGAGCAAAGCUCGGUUUAUUCAACAGCUAAUUGUCUAACCAUUUGCCCAUCAUGGUGGAACUCUAGCGGGCCAAACAUGCUGCAAUCUUCUUAUUCCAAGAACUUAUAUAUGAACAUGGGCACCAUAGCACAACAAUCUAAUCAGAUGAAGCAACCUGUGCAUCAAUUGCCUGACCAAGACUCAUCAUCAACUCAAUCAACUGGUCAAUCCCAUCAAGAACUGGCGGCAAGAAUGGAGGGAAACCUUCAUGAGCAAGGUGCUUUGGCACAUUCUGGUGAUAAUGUGACCUCCAGGAAGCAGGUUGAAGGUCAUGCAAAGCAAAUUUUAUCUCUGGGUACUGCAGGAGUUGCCGGUCAACCUCAAAAAAUUGAUUUUAACCAGUCUAUUGCUUGCAUUCCAUGCCCUUAUGCAGAUCCAUACUUUGGAGGGAUUCUGGCUGCUUAUGGAUCGCAUGCUGUGAUUCACCCCCAACUUGCUGGAAUGGCACCUUCUGCUCGAGUUCCCCUGCCGCAACCUCUGGAGGAUGAGCCCAUAUAUGUCAAUGCAAAACAAUAUCAUGGAAUUCUUCGACGGAGGCAGCUGCGUGCGAAGUUAGAGGCUCAGAAUAAACUCAUCAAAGAUCGAAAGCCAUACCUUCAUGAGUCUCGGCAUCGUCAUGCAAUGAAAAGAGCAAGGGGAUCAGGUGGGCGAUUCUUAAACACAAAGCAGCUCCAGCAGCGGUCCCAGACUACCACCACCAAAGACAACAAGAAUGCCGCCAGUUCCUCUCUGCUGCAACUGGGUGGAGGGGGAGGUGGAGGGAAUGGCACUACAGGUGCUGCAGCCACACCCACUUGCUCCGAGGUCACGGCUGCAUCCGAUGGUGGUUUGUUCCAGCAUCAGGAUCAUCAUCUCAACUUUUCAACUGACUUCCAUCCCCGUGUUGUCGGGGGGAGCACGCAAGGUGGGAGCAGCAGAAUUCAUAGUGGUUCCCAGCAGCGGGUCUCGGUUAUGAGGUGAACAUGGGGAAUUUACCUGGCACUGGCUGUGGUCUGUACUUCGACAUCUGUCUGGUGUUUCCUGGGCAAUUCAUCCUUGGCUUUAAUACUUAUUUUCUGAAAAUUUCUAAUGUUAGAUGGCGUCAUUAGGAGGAUCAAAAACUUAAAAAGUGUAUGGUAAUGCUAAUGCUGACAUUCUCUUAUUUUGGCAAUGUGUGGAUAGCCGGAUGCUAUUUCAGAUCUGCUAUCUGGACUUCCUGCUUUUUAAUGGCUUUGCAGCAAGAUUCAAGGUAGACAACACUGAUUUUACUGAA